AUGGAUUGCAAGCCUAUGUGGCAUUUUGGGUGUCGUGUGUCGAGUCGUAGCUUUUCGUCGGUGCAAAAUGGGCCUAGUGUUCAACAAUAUUUGAAAGAUCCUGUCAAAUUGAUAGCCAUCCCAAUUACCACUCACAAGGUUUUUGUUUAUCACAAGCAUACAUCGGACAUUUUGAAUGUCACGUCAAAGGUGGUCAAAUAUGAGACAAAAUUGACCAACAGAGUAUCGCAAGCGUGGGUCAAACUGGAAAAAUCGCCCCGCAAGUUGAAUCGCAAGAUCGUGGAGAAAAUCAAUGUGCUGCUCGACAAGACCGCAUGGACCGAAGACUCGCUCAACAGUGUGCCAUCUGAAAAUUAUUUGAUGAAACGGGUGUGGGAAAAUGAAAAGGAGCGAUUAUUGACGUUCGAAGAAUGGUUCAAGAACGCUGAUAAACUGAAACUGAGACCCAUCCAUCUGUACUACCCGGGAAGCGUGUGUUCUGAGACACAGACACGACAGCAAUUGCAAACCUUAUGGAAACAAGGUCUGGAGUACCAUAAAAAAUUCACGUGGCUAAGUAUUCUGGGUAUCCCGUUGACGCUUCCAUUGGUGCUGGUGCCAGUGGUGCCAAACGUGCCCGGCUUCUACCUUCUUUACCGUGCCUAUCGCAACUUCAAAGCCUACAAUGGAGCCAAACGCCUCAGGUCUUUGAUGAAGCAUGAGGGCGACAGUUUGGUGUACACCAAUCUGCCCCAGUACUCGGAAAUCUUGCGGGCCGGGCUCUCCAGCAGCGAACGCGACCAAGCAGACGAGCGUGUUCUUUUGGACGAGAAGAUGCUAGACCGAAUUCUCGACACGCUGGAGAUCCACGAGAUCCGGAGUUCUGUGCGGAAGGCCCUGCAACAAGAGACCUCGCGACUACAAAGAGCAUGUACAGAUACAUGUACAGAUACGUAA